AUGUGCAGUCGACGGAUGGCUUUGCCCAGAUUCGCCGGCUGCAGCUGCUGGGCUAUGGUUUACAAUGGAAUUCCGGCGGCGGGGCAGAAGGUGGUGUUGGACGCCGCGAACUUCUUGGCUAAGAACGUCUGUUGUCACAAAAUCGCGACAAAAUGCUUCUUCAUUAUGUGUAGCGGUCGCGAGAUCGGCUAUAAAUUCGGUCGGCCGACUUGUGAAUCUCAGCAGUUAACGAGCCGAGAAGUUGGGGUCGCUGAAGUCGGUCCGUCUGCGGGAAAGAUCGAUCGCGAUUUGAGGAAGGUGACCGAGUCAGAUCUCGGUUUGAAGAUCGACUAUUGUGAAGAAGCCUCGUGA